CCAAUUCGCGAAAUUGACCCCAGCUCUUCUGUCUUGUUUCUUUGCAUUACUGUUGUUUUGAACGAUUUCGAAAGUGUAGACUAGACUGUUUGUAAUAAACCGACUUUUUCACUCACAUUAUAAUUACUCUUUAGUUGUUUUCUGACGUUAGCGAUAGUUAAUAGUGAUAGUAAGGAGUAGCAGUGAAGAGGGAUACUGAGAGAAGGAACAGGUUGGAACGCGGCCUAAAGGCGCCACCGUUUGAAAGCAGGCUAACAUGGCUAGCUAACCGGCUAGCCCCUUGUGUUGCGUUGUGCGGAAAUGCACGGUUUUUCUCGUUGUGUUAAAGCCGGUGCCGACACACUGAGGUUGUGAUGGGUGUGCAGGAUUUGUGGUCUAUCCUCGGGCCGGUUCGUGAGUCGGUACCGUUGUACAGCCUGAGUGGAAAGACCCUGGCAGUGGACUUGAGUUUGUGGGUGUGCGAGGCUCAGCAUGUCCAAGCAAUGAUGGGCAAGGUGACAAAACCUCACCUCAGGAACUUGUUUUUCAGAGUGUCGUCGCUCACACUAAUGGGGGUCAAACUUGUGUUUGUCAUGGAGGGAGAGGCCCCUAAACUCAAAGCAGAAACCAUGAGCAAGAGAACACAGGGAAGGUUUGGAGGCUUCAAGAAGGCUGCCCCCAAGUCGGCAAGCACACAAAGUACCAGCAGGGGGCGCUUCAAAGCUGUGCUGAGAGAGUGUGCAGAGAUGCUGGACUACCUGGGUGUGCCGUGGGUGACCGCUGCUGGCGAAGCUGAGGCCAUGUGCGCCUACUUGGACUCCCAGGGCCUGGUGGAUGGCUGCAUCACCAAUGAUGGAGACAGCUUCUUAUAUGGCGCCCAGACCGUCUACAGAAACUUCAACAUGAACACUAAGGAUCCUCAGGUGGACUGUUACAGGACAUCACGAGUACAAACUGAGCUACAUCUGUCCAGAGAGGAUCUUGUUGGUCUGGCCAUCCUUCUUGGCUGCGAUUACAUUCCGAAGGGAAUACCAGGAGUUGGUAAAGAACAAGCCCUAAGGUUUAUCCAGAUGUUAAAAGGACAAACACUUCUACAGAGGUUUGUCCAGUGGAGGGAGGAUAAUGCAUGUGUGUCUGGGGAAGUUGUGAAGAAGGUUCCUCACUGCCUCGUGUGUCGCCAUCCUGGCUCAGCCAAGGCACAUGAGCGAGCCGGCUGUGUGCUUUGUGACAGUAAACGCUUUUGCCAACCUCAGGAUUUUGACUACCAGUGUUCCUGUGACUGGCACCGCAGUGAACAGACCCGCCAGGCUGCCUCUGCUGAGGCCAGCAUCAGAAAGAAAACAAUGGCAAGUGGACACUUCCCUUUUACUGAGAUCAUCAAUGAAUUUCUGAUCUCUAAAGAUAAGUCUGUGCCAAACUUUAAAAGAAGAAAGCCAAACAUGCUGAUGAUGCAGAAAUUUGCCUAUGACAAAAUGGAGUGGCCUAAGCACUACACCAGCGAAAAGGUUCUGGUCUUGAUGACCUACACGGAGCUGAUGAACCGAAAGUGUGGUAGAGAGGCAUCUUCGCAAAUUAAACCCCUCCAAAUAUUUAAACCAAGAGUGAGAAACGCAGUCGCUUGCUAUGAAGUCGUCUGGAACACACCAGAGCAUUACGUGUUUCCUGAGGAUCAGCCGGUGGAGAAUCAGGAUGAGGUGAGGACGGUGGAGGAAGAGUCUUUGUUCCGCCUCGCCUACCCAGAGAUAGUGGAGCUUUACCUGAGAGACAGAGCUCUGGCUGAGGAGAACAAGACCAAGAAGAAGAAAACUAAAAAUAAAAAGGAGAAGCCAUCAGACUUUUGUGAUGGUGUUUCUGACCUCUUGGCUCAGAUGACCAUUCAGAGUUCCACUUUAGCAAAUGCUGACACUCAACCACAGAUACUGCUGCCUGCCAUUUCAAACACAGAUGAACCAGAAGUGGUGAUUGUGGGCACUCCAGUGUCCCACAAACAGCAUCUAAAUCCCAGAGGAAACCACACCAGCCUGGAUGAUUUCCCCAAUACUCAAAGAGAAGAGCUGCCAUCUCCUCUGUCUCAUCCAUCCUGUAGCAGAAGUACAGAAUCAGAGCUUGUCGCUUCACCUUCUGUCUCCGCUGUAAUCGACGCGCUGCACCUGAGUGACAUCGACUGGGACGCUUUGUCCUUCACAUCCUCGCCAAGUCCACAAGCAGCCGCCAACUGCGCCGCAGAGCCCCUGCCAAGCAAAACCACAGAUGACCACUUUGAGGAAAGGGAAGCCAAAAACACAAAGCAGAAUACCUCAGCUGACGUAAAGAAAAUGAAGUCCAAACCCGCUCCGGAGUUGGGUUACACAGAGUGCCCUUUGCGGGACAGGGUUCUCAUGAGGAACACGGCACUGUCUCUGAACCACAUGGAUGCACCCAGUGACCAGGUUACAAAACAGCCACAUUACAAGUUAGCCUCCGUCAAAUCUAUUUCGCUAAAUCAAAAUCCUAAACGAGACGGAGAGAUCCUUACUGAAGGUGGUAAUGACACCAAACCAUCAGGGAAGCAGCAUGUUAAAAGAAAAGAACCUCUAAUCGAUAAAAGUCAAACUGUGACCAAUUCAAAACAUUCAGUGCCCUCAGCACAAGCUCAAAGCAAGGCAGGGGACAGUGGGAAUGGCACCCAAAAACCACCUCAGAGAUAUAAAUUUGUCAAGGCAGCCAUUUCUUCAUCCUCUGUGCCACCGCAGAGGAGCCACUCUGACCCCGGUCACACUGACAAGGCCAGGAAGGUGCCUCAGACCAACAAAAAGAGCGUGUGUGCCAGUGUGUGUUCAUCAAGCGAGGACAGUGAUGCAGAAAACAAGCAGGGUCGACCUCGUGGAAAGGCAAAAAUCAAGCCCAAAAACAACACAUUGGGUCGCUACCUCAAUGACUUCCCACUGAAACCCAUUUCCAGACAUCCCACAACCAAAUCAACUGUGAACACUGCUCAUAACUCCCAGUUAUUAGGGCCAAAGACUCAGAGGAGUCACAGUGUGGAUGUUCAAGUGAAGAGCAGCCAUCCAGCCACUGAGGACAAGUUCCAGGACGUCCCACCAGUGAGUGCAGAUGAAGAUGUGUUAGUUUUGACUCCAGCUUCGCCCGUCACUGUGUUAGAUAGUGAUGACUCUGUGGUUUGUAGUGAGAGCCCACUGCCGCUGGCAGAGAGACUGAAGCUCAAAUUCCUGCAGUAAGUAGCGCGGAGUAAAGACAAGGUUAAAAUAUUGCUUUUACUGUGCAUGUUUACAUGAUUUUAUAGAAGUAUUUAUAUUUCUUUCAACAGACCUUAUUUUCACAAGCCAUUUUGACAUGAAAUAGCAUGUAAACAUAGAUGUUACUAAUGAUAUUAAGAUUUUUUCAAAUUAAGGGUACUAGGGCCUUUACACUGAGGCACCAUGCACAACACUGAAACUCAACCUUAAUUAAUGUCAUUUGUAACACCUGUUUACUCUGCUAUUUAAUGUCGAAAUGGCUGUUGUGGAAAAAGUCUAUUAAUGAAUGGACAGAAGAGCAGCCUUUAUAACUGAGAAUAUUAUGAUACCUGUUUUUUUUAUUAAAAAUGUGACAUUUUGAUGGUUAUUCAUGUUCCAUAUUGUGAAGCCUAUUUGUCAAACUGCCUACCUCCGGGGGUUUUCAGACUUGUUCAUGUCCCUGACCCCCAAGUUGACCUUCAUGAAGUCACAAGUCCCGUGUUGAACUGAUUUUGCCCCACUGGGACCAUGAUAUGAAAAGACAUUUUGCUUUAUGUGAAGUAUUAAAUUGUUUUGAUGUCAUACUUGAACACUGAAA